AUGGGAUGCGGAUGGAAGCAAACAGGGAAUGAUCCGCUGUUAGCUCCCCUUGCUAUUCGCUCGGUCGCAACCGCAUGUAUCAAAGCCAGUUACCUUUUCUCGCCCUUAUUUCCACACCACCCACAAUCGUCAUCAUUUGCGAGAGUUGUGUUUGAAGUCGAUAGACAGCCAGCCAACCACCCAUUCACCCGCAACCCAGCGACAACCACUUGCAAUCUGCGGAUGAACGGAUGGAGAAACCGUCAUAAGCGCCUCGACCGGGUGCUCACACAAGGACACGGUUUGUACCAAGCGGAUGGAAUCGUUCGAUUGAAAGCAGCCCGGCACUGCCACCGCAACGAAACGCAAUCGCUCUUGAUGAUGGUAUUUUAUGCUCAACCGUUUUUCGCUCCUCGUCACAAUGCGCCCCAAGCUGCUACUGAACGAACAUUUUACUCUGCUAUUGCUGCGAAAAACAUCCAAACUCGACGCAUGAAAGGUGAGAGAAAGGUUUAUAGUGCAGCAAUACGAAGCAAAGCGAAAGCGAAUUGCACAACCAGACAACGUAGCACCAUGAAUGGGAAAUACGUGCGAACCGUCGAGCAAACGGAACAGGAAGACUGUGAUGUAAAUCCCAAAUCUCCCGUUAAAGCGCAAUCGGAAGGAAUUAAUGCAGAGCACGAGGCAGUUGACCAUAACCAUGCAAUCAGUGACGUGGACACGGAAUGCGAUUCUGACGGUAGUGACUCCGACGGUAGUGAAUCCUACAGCGAUAAAUCUGCAAGCAACGAUACCAAUAGCAGUGGUUCUGGUGACGAAGCUGAUGGCACUGGCUCUGAAAAUGAACCCAUACAUCCAUCGUGUCCGGAUCAAUCCCUUACCGAACCGUGUACCGGACCAACUAAUGGAAAGGCGAAUUCGAAAGAUGGUCAAGCUGAUAUGUGUCCAACGUCACUCACGAAGAACCUCGGAGGAGAAAUUCCGAACGACCGGAUGGAUCGAAUUGAAAAAGUUCUCGAGUGCAUGGCUUCAACCAUACAAUCCUUGCAAACAUACAACCGCCCAUCCUCAUCACACCGGGAAACCGAACCGAAUUGGAGUGUGCCUAUUGAUGCUCCCAGCACGGGUGAGAGAAAUUCAUCUGCAAUAAGAUGGGACAACAUCCAACCAUUCCCCUCCGGUAUUCCGGCGAAUAAGAUGUGGGAGGAAUGGAAUAGAUAUAUAGAAAAUUUUGAGAUUGCCGCAUCGCUGAGUAAUGUCGAUGACCCCGUGAAAAGAACACAGCUUUUGUUUCUUUCAAUGGGCCCCGAUCUACAAGAGAUAGUCCGAGCAGCAAAAUUACGCCCAUGUCUGACAGACGUGAACUGUUAUAAGACGUUUGCUGCUAACAUCCAUGCUUACUUCCGAUCAAUGACAGACACAGCGGCGGAACACGAAGCGUUCUCGUCCAUGAUACAAGAAAGGAAUGAAUCCGCCGUCGCAUUUCAUGCACGUCUAAUGUGCAAGGUCAGGCUAUGUGGUUACAGCAAUGACGACCAGGACCGAUUUGUGAGAGCGCAGCUGCUUAAAGGUCUACGGAACAAAGCAUUAGUCAAAGCAUCCAGAACGUACGGACACGAAACGAAUUUCAUCGUGCAGGCAGCUACCCGUGACGAGGCAUAUGAGGCUGAGACAACACAACCUGCAAACGACCAUGUAUUUCAAAUAAAACACCAGAAUAAAACGAACAGUAGCAACCAGAAACGCAGGAAUCUGGAUAACUCCACGAGUGAUCCACCUGCCAAACGCCGUCAGAUCGAUUAUGCUCAAGGACGACGGUCCCGCUGUUCGCGGUGCAACCUUUCAUUCCAUAGGAACGGUCGAUGCCCUGCACUCGAUAAGAAGUGCCUCAAUUGUGGCAAGCUAGGGCACUUCGCAGCAGCUUGCAGAAGCAGACGUGUCAAUGCAGUCCGUUUUAAGCGAGAGGACGUAUCAAGUGACCAUGAUGACGGACGUGAAGAUGACAAACAGCAUAUCAAUGCAUUAUCCUUAGAAGACGUUUUGAUUAACUGCAGUUUGGGGUCAGCCAGUUUGAUUUCUUUUCUUAUUGACUCCGGUGCUGACGUCAACGUCGUAUGCGGAAAUGAUUGGGACCGCAUAGAGCGCGACUUUGAAUCCGGCAAGGCAAAACUGGAAAUGGUUAACAAAAAGAAUAAGGGAAUUCUCGCAUACGGGUCAAAAGAACCGCUGUCAGUGGAACGGACGUUUAGAGCUGAGAUAGUUGUACCAAAUAGUAGCAGCCCUCCCAUUACAGCGAUUUUCCAUGUCAUCCGUAAGGGACUCCGAUCGCUUCUUGGUCGAUCGACAGCUAGCGAUUUAAGGCUACUGCAAAUCAAUAUUUGCGAAAUAACAGAAGACGUGAAGGAAUUCCCGACGAUGCCAGGCGUAACAGUCAAGUUCAACGUAGACAACACGAUUACACCAGUAAAGAACGCAUAUUACAACGUGCCAGCUGCGUACAGAGAAGGGGCAAAGCGCCGACUUCUUGAAAUGGAAACACGUGGGAUCAUUGAGAAAGUUACUUCAGCACCCAACUGGAUUAGUGGAAUGUCCGCAGUUUCAAAAGGGAAAAACGAUUUCCGCUUGGUAGUAAACAUGCGCGCCCCUAACCGAGCGAUAAGUAGAGAAUACUUCCGGCUUCCCCUUAUACAAGAAAUGAAAGUGCGACUACACGGGGCGAAGUAUUUUUCAAAACUGGAUCUGAAGAACGCUUUUUACCAUCUAACCUUGUCAGAUGAAUCGAGAGACUUAACGACCUUUUUGACCGAGGACGGGAUGUACAGAUUUACAAGGCUUAUGUUUGGAGUAAACUGUGCUCCUGAAAUAUUCCAACGCGAAAUGGUGAGGAUACUGAAAGAUGUUGAAAACAUUAUUGUCUAUAUUGACGACAUCUUGAUUUUCGCUAGUUCACUGGAAGAUCUUCGAAAAUACGUUGCAAAGGUCCUGUUUAUUUUGAAAGAAAAUAACCUAACGCUCAAUAAAGACAAAUGUGAGUACGACAAGCCAAAAAUCAAGUUCCUAGGACACGAACUAGAUGAAGAAGGCUUCCACAUCGAUGAGGAGAAAAUCAAAAGCAUUCAGAAUUUCAGGGAGCCAGCUACCCUAUCCGAGCUUCGAAGCUUCCUUGGUCUGGCGUCGUUCAUCAGCCCGUACGUACCAAACUUCGCCGAUAUUUCCAGUCCUUUGUGGGCAGCAACUACAGGAAAAAUUUGGUCGUGGGGCCCAGAACAAAGAAAAGCGUUUAACAUCAUAAAGCAGCGAAUCAUGGAAUGCACCAAGGCUCUCGGUUAUUUUUCCGAAACCGACAGAACAAUCCUUUACACCGAUGCAUCGCCGGUAGCUCUGGGGGCGGUGCUAGUACAGGAGAGUGAUACUCGUCAUCCACGAAUAAUCAGCUUCGCUUCAAAGGCAUUGACCCCUACCGAGAGGAAGUACGCCCAAAACCAACGUGAAGCGUUAGGUGCAGUUUGGGCAGUAGAACAAUUUUCGUACUACCUCCUCGGUAGACAUUUUACAUUGCGCACUGACGCCCAAGGAGUGGCGUUUAUUCUGAACCGGUCACGAGAGGAUUCAAAACGAGCCCUUACUCGCGCUGAUGGCUGGGCGCUUCGAUUGAGUCCAUACAGUUAUGACGUCGAUUACGUACGAGGCCGUGAGAAUAUAGCUGAUAGUUCAUCAAGACUAUAUUGUGGCGACGACGCUCCCUUCGAAGAGGACGUAAGUCCCUGGGAAAUCGGAUGUCUAGAGGCAAAUACCAUGGAAUUCCUAACUGAGCACGACGUCAGGGAACGUACAGAACACGAUGAGACGCUUAAAAAGGUAAUGCAUGCCUUACAGACGGGAGAAUGGUCGAUCGAUUUGCGAAAGUAUGAGGCGGUGAAGCAUGACUUGACCAUUCGGAACGGAAUAAUAGUCAAAACCGGAUGUGCCGUAAUGCCGGAAAAACUCCGCAAAAGAGCUCUACAAGUAGCCCACGAAGGUCAUCCAACAACUGCUAAAAUGAAAAGUAUUAUCAGACAGCGUGUUUGGUGGCCUGGCAUUUCGAAGGAUGUCCAACAUUGGGUGGAGUCCUGCAAAACAUGUGCCAUUAGUGGAAAACCGGAGACGACGACACCGAUGGAACGAGUAUUUGUGCCAAACGCAGUGUGGGAAACACUAGCCAUCGAUUUCAAUGGCCCCUACGUCAAGUUUGGUGGCAUUUCGAUACUCCUAAUCGUUGAAUACAGAUCCAGGUAUCUCAUAGCAAAGCCAGUAAAAUCAACCUCUUUCGAAUCCACGAAAAAGAUACUUGAAGAGGUUUUCGAGAGGGAGGGCUACCCUAAGAUCAUCAAAUCAGAUAAUGGUCCGCCAUUCAAUGGCGUAGAAUACAAACAGUAUUGCGCUCAGCGAGGAAUAACCACGAUUUUUUCAACCCCGUUGUUCCCGCAGCAAAAUGGGGUGGUAGAAUCCUACAUGAAGGUGGUCAACAAGGCAAUGGCCACAGCUUCUACAAACAAAACCAACUUCGUUAACGAGCUACGGGAAGCGAUCAAUGCUCAUAAUGCAGCAAAUCACAGCGUAACCAAAGUGCCACCGGAGGAAGUCAUGCUGGGCCGCAAGAUCAAACGAGGACUACCGCUACUGCAGCAUGAGAAAGCGUCGUAUGAUGAGAAGCUUCUUGAAAGUACCGAUCGGCAAUCUAAACUGUUGGGAAAAUCUCGCGAAGACGCAAGACGCGGAGCAAAACCAUGUAGAGUGAAGCCGGGCCACACGGUGAUAGUGGAACGGCACAAUCGUGCAAAAGGAGAGACUCGUUUUCUUCCUAAGAAGUACACCGUCGUACAUGAGAAAAACGGCAGCCUGGUGCUCGAUGACGGGGAUGGAGUAGUACUAAAACGGCACGUAUCACAAACCAAAAGAGUACACCAAUGGCGUGACGACAGUUCCGCACACGAAACUGAAACGAGCAAGUUCGCGAACGAUACUGGAGUUGAUAAGACGAAUAAGCCUGUAGAUGAAACAGCAAAUGGGACCAUCGGUAAACCAACUGAUAGUACAAGAAUACCGGUACGGGACGCCCGAAACAGGAAAGUACCCAACUACCUCAACGAUUAUGUCCGUUCGGUGCGGGAGGAUCUUCGGUCGACGCGGUACUAA